UUAAGUCAUGGCAAAUAAUUCAAGAUGAGUUACGAUGGGCAGUCAUACAAGUAUGGUUCUGUGUACAACCAACUACGCCAAACAAAAGAACUGAUAGAUGCAGUCAUUACGGUCGAUAAAGUCGAGUUUCACAUCCACAAGAUCAUCCUGUGCAACUGCAGCCCAUACUUUGGAGCUCUCUUUCUACGCUGGUCCACCCCAAACCAGAGGAUCUACACCAUACAUGGUCUAACAGCUCCUUUAAUGCAGUUAUUCAUCGAUUUUGCAUACAACGGCUCCGUAUCUGUGACAGAGGACAUCGUACAGGACUUGCUGAUAGCAGCUGAUAAGUUCAAUGUUAUAGGCAUUGUUCGAACCUGCAGCAGAUUUCUGGCAGAGCAGCUCUGCCCAGACAAUUGCAUUGGCAUCUGGCAAUUCACCAAGAAUUGCUACUCUCCGGAAUUGGAGGACAAUGCUCACCAGUAUAUUUUAUACCACUUUGAGGAAGUUGUGAAUUCAAAAGAGUUGUGGCAAUUGUCCAUUCAGGACUUGUGUGACUUUCUUGACCGGGAUGACCUAAUUGUGAAAAAGGAGAAUACAGUUUAUGAGGCCAUACUUUACUGGAUUGCACAUGCACCUCGAGAGCGGGGAGAAUAUGUUGCUUUGCUCCUAGCAAAAGUUCGCCUCGCUCUGACCAGUCAAGAGUUCAUCACCAUCAACGUACUGACCAAUCAAUUGGUGCAGAACAGCAACGAAUGCCUUGAGAUGGUGGCUUUCGCUAUCAAAGUCGUACAUCACAUGACCACCAACGCUGUGUCUGGAUACUGCAACCUGGUUGCCCGUCCUCGCUUGCCUUCCACCAUCCUGAUGGCCAUCGGCGGUCGCACUGGCCGAAAUGCAGCACAUCGCAUCGAGGCGUACGAUGUGCACACCAACUGCUGGGGCUACCUAGUAGAUAACAUAGAUCAACCCCGUUCAUACUGUGGUGCCGUCUUUCUCAAUGACUCCAUUUACUGUCUGGGCGGCUUCGAUGGUGCGGAGCACUAUAACACUGUAAGCCGCUUUGACCUGAACACACGCACAUGGCAGGAAGUGGCACCUAUGCACUUCCGACGUUGCUAUGUGAGUGUCACAGUGCUUAAGGGGUGCAUCUAUGCAAUCGGAGGCCACGACGGACGUGUGAGACUAAAGACAGCAGAGUACUACUCUCCCGAGACAAACCAGUGGACUCUUAUCGCAAGCAUGAAUGAACUAAGGAGCGAUGCAAGCUGUACCACCCUUAAUGACAAGGUGUACAUUUGUGGCGGUUUUAAUGGAAAUGAGUUCUUGCAAACAGCAGAAUAUUACAGUCCAGAGACCAACGAGUGGACUGUGAUGCCUCCUAUGAGCAGCCGUCGCAGCGGGAACGGAGUCAUUGGCUUUGCCGAUCAUGUUUACGCAGUUGGCGGUUACGAUGGGGACGUCCGUUUGGCCAGUGCUGAGGCUUACAAUCCCCUUACCAACAACUGGAUUAUGUUGCCCCCUAUGGAAUGCCCCAGAAGCAACUUUGGCAUAGAGGUUGUUGAGGACCGCCUCAUCGUCGCUGGAGGUUACGACGGUGUCUCCUCAACCAAGCUGGUGGAGUUUUAUGAUCUCACCAGCGGUUUGUGGUCUCCGGCUAGUGACAUGGGGGUCUCCCGAAGUGGUUUGACUUGCUGUGUAAUGUCUGGACUUUGCAACAUAACACAAUAUGCAAUGCUCCGGAAUGAUCUCCCAUCACUAAUCUUUGAAGAUGAACUCCAGAAUAUGGAAGACUAA